AACACAAAGCAGAGAGAUAUGCCUCAAGUGAACAAAGUGGACGUUGUCCAGUCCAAGGUUCCUGAUCUCCAGGAGCCUUCACUACAAUACUUCAGGGGAAAAUUAGGGGAAAGUCUGUUUGUGAAAUCGGCAGAAUUCGACUCGUCGGACAAAGACAUGGAAAUAACGUGUGGAUCCUACAACUGCCUCCACGAUCCACACUUAAAGAACUUCUUUAACCAGCCACAAAGGAAAAAGCAUCUGCUCAAACAGGGUCUCAUCAUUCAGGACGAUCAGGUGCUGUGCUCGGUGAAAGAUCUAGUUCAGUACAUGCGGUACAUCAGAAGAGUGCUGAUGAGCUGGAACAAACUUCACCAACAAGAGCAGAAGCAGCUACUGAAGAAGUUCAUGGUGCUGAAACUCAAUGGUGGAGUUCCUGAGAACAUCAGUGCUGCUCACAUGAAAGAGUGGCUCAUCUAUAGAGAGAGAAGCACCUUCAGGAACAUCUUCAAGAAAAAUGUAAAACAAGGCAGCAAUUCAAGCUAUGCUGAAAAGGCCUGGGAGGUAAAUCAAAGGAUCGAACUGGAGGAAAUGGAGAAAGAAAUUCUCAGAGAGCUCCGUGUAGAACGUCGAAUCCCACAAACACCAGUGGACGUUCCUUCUAAACUGGAAAAUGUACAAAAAAUAUUUGUACUGCCCUGUUCGUCUGGCUCGACCAUUUCACCUGCUGAUGACCAGGCCGAGGGCACCCUGCUGGCUCAGGACUCAACACUAGAGAAUUCACCCACUGAGAACUCAAUCCAGUAA